AUGGGGUUUGAGAGGCGUCCAAAUCCCUUCUUUGUCACCGGCACCAGCAGUAUCCAAGCUAUCAUGAACCAUUCCUUCGGGGAUCGCAUUAAAUUGAAGAAGGUGUCUAAGACUCUUACUAACGCAGAAGGCUCACGAAAGACAGAAUACUUGUUAGCAUUGUGGAUGAACCGCUUUGUGGCCUUCCAACUCCACUCACUUGAGAAGAGGACAGAAGAGACUCCUACUGGAGUCGACAUUGAAAGGUUUCUGGUCUCUAUGGUCUCUGAGGUUACAGCGAUUGGAAAGAAGAGAGUGUUUGCAGUCUUGGUGUGUGCGUAGAAGUAAGGACGGUGGCGGUGGUAGUGGCGGUGACAGCGGUGUAGUGACAGCAAUGUUGUGAUUAGAGGGGUGACGGGAGGUGGUGAUAGAGGUGUGGUGACAAGAUCAGUCCUUGGAGUGACUGAAAAUGGUGCUAUUCCAGGCCUCCUUUCCUGUCGAAAGUACUUCUCUAUAUCAUCCUCGAGCACCGGAAUAAUCUAUUGUGCUCGCUGCUUCAUUUUGAUGCUCAAAUAUUAUCAACG